AUGGUUCGCAGGAAGAAUCUGUUCAAGUGGAACUUACUUCUACACUGUCUGUCUGUCUGUCUGCUCAUAUCUAUCUAUCUAUCUAUCUAUCUAUCUAUCUAUCUAUCUAUCUAUCACAGUCUGUUCAUUAUCUAUCUAUCUAUCUAUCUAUCUAUCUAUCUAUCUAUGUCAUUUUCCUUAUAUCUAUCUAUCUAUCUAUCUAUCUAUCUGUUUUGUUUCUGUAAUUCAUUCUUUCAUUCAUUCAUUCAUUCAUUCUUCCAUUCAUUCAUUCUUUCAUUCAUUCUUUCAUUCUUUCAUUCAUUCAUUCUUUCAUUCAUUCUUUCUUUCAUUCAUUUAUUCUUUCAUUCAUUCAUUCUUUCAUUCUUCCAUUCAUUCUUUUAUUCAUUAAUUCAUUCUUUCAUUCGUUCAUUAAUUCAUUUUUUCAUUCAUUCUUUCAUUCAUUCAUUAAUUCAUUCAUUCUUUUAUUCAUUCUUUCUUUCAUUCAUUCUUUCAUUCUUUCAUUCAUUCAUUCUUUCAUUCAUUCUUUCAUUCAUUCAUUUAUUCUUUCAUUCAUUCAUUCUUUCAUUCAUUCAUUCUUUUAUUCAUUAA